AAGGAGGGGCGGGGCUGCGGGGGGGGGGGUUUCGUUUCCGCCUGCGCGAGACUCCGCGGUGUCUGGCCGCGCGGGGCGGUGCGCAGCGUCUUCAGAGGUGGCGUUUAAACAAACUUUUAUUUUAUAAAUGUUUUGCAGUCUUUAUUUUUUUAGCUUAAGUUGUUUUCUCGUUGAUGUUCACGGUGCGGGGCCGUUUUUUUUUAUUCAAAUCGGCGUAAUUUUUUUCCGAAGAAAAUGUUUUGCCUCACGAUCGACCUCGCAAGCCAUCAAAAAGAGAAUUAUUUAAUUGAUUUAAGACAAGAACGUGGAACACGGGGGGAUUAAAGUAAGAUUCGCGACCGGUGCGAUACUUAACGCGAUAAGGCAAUUCCGAAAGAAAGAACCAUAAGACGGUGAAGAAGAGCGACUCGUAACUGGUAUCCAAGUCUUGUUGCGUUCCGCAGCAGACGGCCGUCAAUAAUAGAAGCGACACAACACCCCGCCACCAAUUAGAACGCCGUCACCCAACAAUAUAACCAGCGACACCGCCGCUGCAACAACUACAGUAGAAUCUACGCGGCUAGCAGCUUGUAACACGAACAGCCACAGCAGCCAUAGCGCUACCGCCAUCAACCAGCAGUAGUCACGAACAUCACGGCAGCAGCAGCAGCAGCACCACCACUCGCAAAUACUCGUAAGCAGCAACAGAUCAUAUCGCCACAAAUACCAAUAAUAAUAGUCACACAUCGUAGCACAACCCCCAACACUAUCGAUACGAUCGCCACCAACAGCAACAAAGAUCAUAGCGGCACCAACAACCACCACUACUAACCAAGAGAAUCGUCACCAACACCAAAAGCCACAAACCCCCCAGCAGCAGUAACACGACCAACCGCAGCAGUCUUCACCAGUGACCCUAACAGUAGGGGUAACAGUAGGAGUGUGCAGGAGGAGGAGAGGGGGUGGUGCAGAGAGGAGAGACUGAGUGGAGGAGUGGAGAGGGAGGUGUGCCUGCGACACGACGAGGACGAAGAGCUCCACAAACGGCCAUGGAGACGCACGUGUCGUGCCUCUUCCCCGAGAUCCUGGCGCUCAUCUUCAGCUACCUGGACGUGCGGGACAAGGGGCGCGCCGCGCAGGUGUGCUCGGCGUGGCGCGACGCCGCCUACCACCGCUCCGUGUGGCGCGGCGUGGAGGCCAAGCUGCACCUGAGGCGCGCCAACCCGUCCCUCUUCCCCUCGCUGCAGGCCCGCGGCAUCGCCCGAGUGCAGGUGCUGAGCCUUCGCCGCAGCCUGAGCUACGUGGUGCAGGGCCUCCCGCGGCUUGAGAGCCUCAACUUGAGCGGCUGCUACAACCUGACGGACGCUGGGCUGGGCCACGCCUUCAUGCACGACACUCCCUCGCUCAGUGUGCUCAACCUCAGCCUUUGCAAGCAGGUGACUGACAGCAGCUUGGAGCGUAUCGCGCAGCACCUCAAAGGCUUGCAGGUGCUGGACUUGGCGGGCUGCAGCAAUGUCACCAACGGUGGCCUCUUCCUGGUUGCGUGGGGGUUGCGCGGCCUCAAGAGCCUCAACCUGCGCAGUUGCCGGCACGUGUCGGACGCGGGCAUCGCGCACCUGGCCGGCCUUACGGAGGCCGAGGGCUGCACCGGCCUGGAGCACCUGACGCUACAGGACUGCCAGAAGCUGAGCGACGCGGCGCUCAAGUGUGUGGCGCGUGGCCUGACCAACCUCAAGACGUUGAACCUGAGCUUCUGCGGCGGCAUCUCUGAUGCGGGCAUGGUGCACCUGUCGCACAUGGCGAGCCUCCGGACGCUGAACCUGCGCUCGUGCGACAACAUCAGCGAUGCGGGCAUCAUGCAUCUGUCGACGGGCACGCUGCGGCUCGGCGGUCUCGACUUGUCGUUUUGCGACAAGGUGGCCGACCAGAGUCUGGCGAACGUGGCGCAGGGCCUGUACCACCUCAAGUCUCUGUCGCUUUGCUCUUGCCACAUCAGCGACGACGGGCUGGACAGGAUGGUGCGGCAGAUGAGCAGCCUGCGCACGCUCAACAUCGGGCAGUGCACGCGCAUCACGGACAAGGGCCUGGAGCUCAUCGCGGACCACCUGACGCAGCUCACGGGCAUCGACCUAUACGGAUGCACCCGCAUCACCAAGCGAGGGCUGGAGAGGAUCACGCAGCUGCCCUGCCUCAAGGUGCUCAACCUGGGACUCUGGCAGAUGACGGAGAGUGACAGAGUGAGAUGAGACACGGCCGAGUGCCCCCUUCCGUCAACACGUUCGGUUAGCAAUGCGUUUUUAAAGAGACGGCGAGGACUAUUUGUGGACGUGAUGACUAAGGUGGUGGUGGUCGCGAUGGCGAUGUGGUGAUCGCUAAGGAUGGUGGCUGCGAUGUGGAGUUUAAGACAUCGGAACUGAAUAAAGUCUUUCUAAAAUGAGAACUGCUGUCAUGACCCUGAGCAUGUGAUGUACAGUGGAAAGCGCUGGUACUGAAAGUGAGGAGUGAAGAUACAGUUGAAUGUUUGGCUUUAAAAUGAAAUGACUGAAAUAACUUAAGAUGGUUGGGCAUACGACAGGAUUGAAAAGGAGGUCCUUUUUCAAGCAUAUUUGUUUGAACAUACGCUUUGAAUGCAGCUAUUUUUAUUAACGUUUUUGUAUAACUGACAUAUGUUAUAUACAAUACAAUGAAAUGUAACAUGUAAACACUGCAAACAGUAUUUUGAUGGCACAAUUGUAGUUUUAACCCCUUUUUCUUUCAUUCUCUUUUUUGCUGUUGAUCAUGGCAUUGCUUUUAGAUUUUUCAGGUGAGGUAAUGAGAGUGGGGGGAAAAAAAUACCAAUUUUGGUGUCCUGCGAGUGAGCAUCGGAGCUAUAUCUGUUGACAUGGGCAUAGCCACAAGAUGAAACAUGCUGUUGGAGUUAGCAGGCAGGAGCUCGCGCUUGUUGUGGCUUGGAUUAUUUUACUCUUAACAAGAAAACACCAACUGCUGCUUUUAUUUUAAUUCAAUAUGUGAAACCACUUUCGCAUUGCAGCGUUUCAUUUAACUAACGAGGUGAAAAACUUAGACCUGCCCAUGGCUCAGAUGUCUGCCAAUCAAGAUAAUUCUGCUUUUAUUUUCAUAUUACAAUACUUGUGAUGGAUGGGGGUUGUCAUGGAGAGCUGGAAAAAUGGUUGCUUACAAGAUCUGAAUCUCAAACCACUGCUCCCACUCGGUGGGGCCAACUCUUUAAGAAGUGGUGCUUGGGCAAUUGACUUGCAGCAGCUUUUGCAGCAACCCACUGUUUAAAUUAUUUCUUGCACCUGACACAGCAGCCCUACGUUGUUGUUGGGCGGUUAAACACGGCAUUCAUAUUUGGCCCUAGAUUUUUACAACAUUAUCACCUUCCUUAUAAGCCUUGACUUGGAGCUAUGGGAACAAGGAUUUUUAAAACUGGUUUCAGGAGAUGGUGUUAUUUUGUGAGACUGGUGUGGUUCUACCAAGGGCAUUGUGGGCUAUAAUGUAACAGAUCCUUGUUUGUUACAAUUUAAGACAAACGGCACAUCAGAUGGGGAUGCAUAGUUGCAUAUUCUUUUCUAGAUGUGUCGAACACAUUUUUGGACCAAUUUUUUUUGUUUUUACGAAAGAUUUUGCUGCAGUUUCAGAAUUGGGUUUGCAAAAAAAAACCUUAGACAUGACGUGUCACACUGAACAUAGGGAUUUAAAAAUUGAUGAUUGUGUUUUUUUUCAUGCUAUAGCCUGAAAUGCAAUCUCCUGACACCGAGGUUUAGAAACAAAGUUGUGCCGUAUUCCCAUAGCUCGUUUAAAUAUUGGGUCGACUUGCUCCGCUGUGGCCUCAUGACAUCAUACUGAGAGAUGCACUCAUUCAGUGCAUAGCUGCACUUAAUGUAAAAUGUCACUCCCAGAAACUGGCAUAGAUUGCUUUGUUUGGAGCACAUGCCAGAACUGGGGAAAUGCAUAUGGAAAUGAGUAAUUUUUAGUUUUUCUUACUGUUCUCUUUGCUACCAUUCUUGGGGGGAAAAACAAUGUUAGAGGUCUUUUGCAUGAGAGACUUAACAAGACAACUGUUUAAAAAAAAAAAACGCCUUUGAAUUUUGAAAUUUUUGACGUUACAGAUUGGUGAGAUGUGCUUUUAAGGUUCUGGGGUGCUCCCAUAGCAUGCUUUGUUGUGUUUUGGAUUUGUACGAGUGUCAUUUCACUUAAAAGGCCAGGAAUGUUAAAAAAAGAGAACAGUUUGUUUAAAUGUUUACAUUUUUAUCCGAAUCUGCGCCCAACUGUCUUAAGUGUGUUCUAUAGCAAUAAUAUUGGCUGGACCCACUUGGAAGCCAGUGGCUGGCUUUUUAAUUUGACGUCGGCUUCAGCGGAAGUGUGCGAAUCAACACUGGCGAUGACUAACGCUGACGGUAAAUCAACAUUUGACGGUGACUUUUAAUGGCACGAUGGGCGGGGGGGGGGGCAUCGCUUGACUUGCGUUAUUUCUCUUUAAUCCUUAACUUUGGAUGAGGACAUUGCAAAGUGAGGAAUCAUCACGGACUGUAAAUUGUCAAAACUAACUAUAUUUUUAAAAAAGAAUGUUUAAAAAGUUUGCAGUCCUCCAACUAUGUUUUAAGUGCGUGGGUUGUAAUGUGCAACCCAGGACAAUUAUAAAUCACUCUUGUUCAAGAUUCAUUUUUAGAAGUGAUCAGUUUUGUGAAAAACCCGCUGUUUUGAAACAAGCGGACUUUGUUCUCAAUGAGGACGUGGAACUGGCUGAAGGCAUGCUGGGACAUUCCUUGUGUGGAAAAUAAUACUCAUUGUAGAGACUGCAGACAAACUGAACAUUUGAAUGUUCAUCUACCUCACUUGGAGCUUGGCUAAGAUGGCCCGGAGUGAAUGCAGUGCACAGAAAAAAUACUUAGUUUUUAAAAUGGAAAAUAAAUUACUUUUUAAACUAAAAAAAGGUACUGUACACAACUCCAACCCUUGCUACCUACAUAUUGCUUAACUGGAACAGUUGUACCUGUUGAUUUUGAAACUAACAUAGCUUAUAUAUUUUAAUAAAUAAAAUUGCUUUGGGGGGAAAAAACCUGCCCUAAGUGAUUGAAAUACAGCGUAGUACAGUACAGUUGUCAUCACUUUAGUAGUCUGCACUCUAAUCGUAAAGAUGUACAAGCUUAACAAUGUAACUGCAGAAAUCGA